GACUAUUUUGAGGAAGUGUAUACUGGCUAUGUUGUUGCUACAGCGUCUCAAGAGGGGAAAAGGAGUAAUAUUGCAGUUUUUCUCAGUUUUUUAAAGGGGGUAUGCGAGGCACAGACGUUCGCUUCGCCUUCUAAUCGAACCUAGUAUGCAGGCGCCUUUAGGCAAAGAUAUUUAUAGGUCUCCUCUUUCAUCUGUGUCUGGGGUUACCUAGUUACUGGCUAGCCCAGGUCUUCAGCCAGUACGGAUCAUAAACAGGGGAAGGGUUGUUGUCAAAGGUUUGAACUAGCUAGCUUGAAUAAAACGUUGCUUUAUGCUCCUGGUAGUUUGACAUGAGAGAAAAAGUAAUUUUCUCAAAUUCUGAGCAUUUCUCAGUGGAACAAAAAUAUUAUGGGUGAUGUUUUGGUAGUUCAAAAAGGCUUUUUUUACAUGGGAAUCAGAAUGACUGUUCAGGACCUCUAAAGCUCUUGGGACCCAAUGGUGCAACGUGGUGUUUGUCUCCCCCUGCAGGUUAUGGAGUUCUACUGCGAGUCGUGUGAGACCGCCAUGUGUCUGGAGUGUACCGAGGGAGAGCACAGGGAGCAUGUGACCGUCCCUCUGAGGGAUGUCCUGGAGCAGCACAAAACACAGCUAAAGACACAGCUAGAUGCCAUAUGCAAUAGACUGCCCCAGCUAACAGCAGCUAUAGAGCUGGUAGGAGAGAUCUCCAAGCAGCUGACAGACAGGAAGAACGAGGCGGUGACAGAGAUAAGCAGUACCUUCGAGGAGCUGGAGAGGGCGCUACAGCUCAGGAAGACAGCCCUCAUCAAUGACCUGGAGAACAUAUACUGCGCCAAGCAGAAGGUGCUCCAGGCCCAGCUCUCCUCUCUCCUCCAGGGGAAGGAACACAUCCAGAGCAGCUGUAGUUUUACCGAACAGGCCCUGAGCCACGGCAGUGCCACAGAGGUACUGAUGGUGCAGAAACAAAUGAGUGAGCGGGUUUCUGCCAUGGCUCGUCACGACUUCCCUGAAUGGCCUCACCAGAACGCACACCUGGACUGUCAGGUGGAGACAGAGGGCCUGCGUCGCUCCAUCCAGAACCUGGGCGUCCUCAUCACCACGGCAGCCGUAGGCCACACCUCCGUCGCCACAGGAGAGGGACUACGCCACGCAGCAACCGGACAACACGUCAGCAUCACCGUGACGACCAAAGACAAGGACGGCGAGCUGGUGCGAACAGGGAACGCGGCGCUGAGGGCCGAGAUCACGGCGGUGGCCGACGGAAGCCGCGUUGUCACGGAACCGGAGGUGACGGACAACAAGAACGGGACGUACGAGGUGGGAUACACGCUACGGUCUGAGGGGGAGUUCUCCGUCGCUCUGUCCCUCUACGGCCAGCCGGUACGGGGCAGUCCCUUCCGGCUGCGGGCGGUCAAGCCCUCGGACGCGCUGCGGUCUCCGGAUGACGUGAAGAGGAGGCUGAAGAGUCCUGGAGGGACAGGGGGUCAUGUCAGACAGAAGGCUGUGAGGAGACCCUCCAGCAUGUACAGCACCAGAAAGAAGGAAAACCCCAUCGAGGAUGAACUCAUCCACAGAGUCGGUACGCGGGGGAGGGAGAAGGGAGAGUUCACCAACCUGCAAGGGAUCUCGGCCUCCAGCAACGGCAGAGUGGUGGUAGCAGAUAGUAACAACCAGUGUAUACAGGUGUUCUCCAAUGAAGGGCAAUUCAAGAUGAGGUUUGGGGUCAGAGGUCGGUCGCCGGGGCAACUGCAGCGACCCACAGGCGUUACCGUGGAUAUGAACGGUGACAUCAUCGUGGCCGACUACGACAACCGAUGGGUCAGCAUCUUCUCCUCCGAUGGGAAGUUCAAGAAUAAGAUCGGGGCGGGGCGCCUGUUGGGUCCCAAGGGCGUGGCGGUGGACAGGAACGGACACAUCAUUGCCGUGGACAACAAGGCGUGCUGCGUCUUCAUCUUCCAGUCCAACGGGAAGCUGGUCACCAAGUUUGGCGCCAGGGGGACGUCCGAGAGACACUUUGCAGAAAAAAGUGGUGCAAACUUAAAUAGAUCUGGCCCAGUGUUCAGUCCACACUUUGUUGCAGUGAACAACAAGAAUGAAAUCAUUGUGACAGAUUUCCACAAUCAUUCUGUAAAGGUGUACAGUGCGGAUGGUGAGUUCCUGUUUAAAUUUGGUUCCCAUGGCGAAGGGAACGGCCAGUUCAAUGCCCCCACCGGAGUUGCCGUGGACACCAACGGGAACAUCAUCGUGGCCGACUGGGGCAACAGCCGCAUACAGGUUUUUGACAGCACUGGUUCCUUCCUGUCCUACAUCAACACAUCAGCUGACCCUCUCUACGGCCCCCAGGGUCUGACCCUCACCUCGGAUGGACACGUGGCCGUAGCCGACUCUGGGAACCACUGCUUCAAGAUCUACCGCUACCUACAGUGAUCGGGAGAUGG